UGUAGCCCUUCAACGUACUCAACCCCACACACGCGAUGAGACCCUUCCGUACUGCCCGGGCUGUAGCGGCGCUACGUCGAACCCUAACAAACCCCUUUCUUCGCCGCCAGCUCUCCACUUCCUCCGGCAACGCCGCCUUGUGUUUCACCUCCACUCACGCUGGGAGGCUUUCCCCAGCUCCUCUGGCACCAUCGGCCCUAUGCCGAACCCUAACGAUCCCCUUCCUUCACCUCCAGCUCUCCGCUUUCUCCGUUAAAGCCGCCUCCACCAAUACCAAGUCCUCCAACGACGAUGACAACGAAGACGGCGAUCCCGUUGCCGCUGCAAAGUCCGCCAUCCGAUCCGAGUCUGACCCCGACCGCCUCGUCUCCCUCUUCGAGUCGUCCGCGCACCACCCCUCCUUCUACAGCGAUCGCCAAAUCUAUAAAAUUUCGGUCCAUAAGCUCGUUCGCUAUGGCCGCCCUGACCUCGUCGAGCGCAUCCUCGAGGGCGCCAAGUCCGACGCCAACAUCAAAAAGUCGGAGGGCUUCUUGAUCCGUCUUAUCUCCCUCUACUCCGACGCUGGAAUGAUCGACCACUCCGUGCGCAUUUUCGAGGCCAUACCUAGCCUCGGCUGCCAGCGUUCUGAGCGCUCGUUGUGCGCCCUGUUGUUGGCUUUUCUGGAGAAUAAGAAGUUUGAUCGCAUACAGGAAGCCAUCGACCGAUAUGCCAAAGAGUACAGCAUCGUCCCAGGCAUUGCAUCUUACAAUGUUCUCCUCAAAGCCCUCUGUUCUAGCUACAAGGUUGACGAGGCGUUUGCAUUGCUUGAUGAAAUGCCUGCAAAAGGGGUCGAGCCUGACAUCGUCUGCUAUAACACCGUUUUGGACGGAUAUUUUAAGAUGAGAGACGAUUCUGGAUUCGAAAAAGUUCUCAAGGAGAUUGGCAAGAAAAAACUUCGCCAAACUAUGAACACCUAUAAUUGUAGGAUUGCAGCACUUUGUGCAAAAGGCAAGAGCUCUCAGGCUGAAGGAUUGCUUGCUGUUAUGCAAUCAGAUGGAGUCUAUCCAAAUACUGUCUGCUUCAAUACCUUGAUUGGUGGGUUUUGCAAAGAAGGGAAUGUAGAUUCCGCUAUGAAGGUAUAUGAGAGCAUGAAACGUACUGGUGUGUCACCUGAUUUUAGCACAUAUGUUGCUCUACUGAACGGUUUUGUCAAGAAAGGAGAGUUUCAGAAGGCUUUGGGGAUUUGCAAGCAGUGUUUGGACUCGAAAUGGGCACCUCCAUUUGCUAUGGUAAAAGAUUUGGUUGAUGGAUUGAUGAAGAGUUCACAGCUAGAUGAGGCAAAGGACAUUAUUGCAAGAAUGAGGGGGAGGAUAACUAAGGGUGAUUCUAAAGAUGCUUGGAGGAAAAUUGAAAAAGGAUUUGCCUUAUGAAGUGUGUUGAGUUCAUUAAUGCCCGCGAAUAAUAUCAGAUUCAUGAAGUUGGUGUAGUGAAUAGUGAAGCAUCCAAAUGAUAUGGUUGUUACGGGGUUCUUUUGGUUUGGUUGCUGCAUUUGUCUUUGGUCCCUGUUGUGAUAUCAAGAAACUUGAAAUAUAUUGGGGCUGUGUAACUUUUUUGUUUUGUUAUUGAUCCAAUGCUUUAACUUUUGAUUAUCCA